AUGGGUCAGAAGGCUGCUGUUGACUGUGGACGUCAAUGGCGGUGGCGGGAGAAUGAGGGCAAGGUCGCCAUCAACACUAUGUCGUGGCUUGCCACAUCCAUCUGGCCUUGUGGAAGCUACUCACGAACCUCACAUCGUCUCAAGGCUGCCCUCUCCGGACAAGAUGCCGAGAAAAUGACAAAUAGUUCUUGUUGCAGUGCCGACUGCGCUCAAUUUGCUCUUUGUCUUCCAUUCUAUGGAUGCUUCUUAUCCAAGCUCCAAACCACGGUCCGAUCGUUUUAUGGCAUUGAUGGCAAUGAAUGCUCGGAUUGGAAUGAGGAGGAAAUCAAGCUCCGAGAGCAGCACAGGAGGGUCAAAGGACACCAUCAUCACGAAGUCUCUGUUAUGAGAGAUAGUGGUUAUCACUCAGCCAAUCCAAUGACGUAUCUGAGCCCAGAUCAUCCCAGGUCUGCACAAAGCAAGUUGUCGCCUGGAGGAGCAACCAAGGCAGGAGACGAGAUGGUUCAUCAUGAAAAACAACCACAUGACUUGUGCAGCGAUAAAGUCACAGCUGCCAACACAGUUGGCUACCCACAAGUUCACUAUUUAGACCAACACUGGUACUUGGUUCCCCUUGGCAAGGGCAAUGAUGGAGCCAAGAAGGAGGACAGCAAACCCCUCAAGUCUGCAAUUGCAACGAUAGUUGGCAAGCAUUCGCUCGAGGAUCAUGAGUUGGUUGUCACGGGCAGUGUUCGCUCCGCCCACGACCUGAAAUCAGAUGCCAAAACUCACUACCGCGGUCACAGCUCUUCGCACCAGCUUCACCAUGAUGCCACUACUCCUACAAGCACUUCCAGCCGCGCAUCCCCUCACCUGCUGUGCUGUGAUCCUGUAGCCGAAUCAAAGACAGCGGUUCGCCAUGACUUGCAUGCUCAUCAACCUGUGCAGUCAAGCCAAGUUGAUCACCACCAUGUCCUCGAUAAAGACGUGUUGGUUGGAACCGGAGGUUGUGCCGUGAACAAGCAUGACAUCCAUUCUCAUGAGGUGGUGAAAUCUCGUGGGACAGAACCCCCUCACCAGUUGAAGGAUGACGGUACAGUUGGAUCAAGCUGCAAAUCUUGGCCACAUGCUAUGGAAACAGAUGAUGUUGUUGCUACAGGCCAUGCAGGGCAUGCCAAACAUGGCCUUGACUCACACAAGCCCGCAGCAGUUGCUGGCAAGAGAAUGGCUUCGCACGAGCUCUGCAAGGAUUGA